AUGCCAACCUCUGAAGCUUUAAACAGUAACGCUCACGAAAAUCAAGCAACGCGAGCUGAACACAUUGACGUACCCAAUAACCAAACUUUGAAAGGAUUUAUGAAAGUUAACUCGCAAAAAACAACUUCUCUGGCAACACCAAUAAAUGCCAAAAAGAAUAGCGCGUCUAAAAAAAGACCUUUAGAUCUUCAAGAACUCAAUAUGAUUCAAAAUAAAAUUUCUCAACUAGAGACCGAGUCUUCAAUUGAAGACGAAGAGGAGAAGGCAAUAGCAAAAGCCAUCAAAAAAGCAAGCAGAGAAAUGAAAGAUAUAAUUAAUUCCAAUGAUAAUCAAAUGGAGAAAAUCGAAACUAUUCAGCAAAAAUAUAUGGAAUUGUUUCAAGAAAUGAAACGUCUUGAACGAGAUCACGUCAAAAUGAAGAAACGUAAUGAACAAUUACAAAAGGAGAAGGAUUCUGCAAAAAGUGAAUUAUCCAAAACUAAUUCAAUGAAACAUAAGUUAGAAAACAUAUGCCGAGAAUUGCAAAAAGAAAAUAAACGUAUUAAAGAGGAAGGCAGACGUCUAGCUGCUACUGAACAACAAAAACGUGAAGAAUUGUCCGGUAAAUUUGAGAAUACUAUCUGGGAAAUAAAAUCAAAAAUGGAGGAAGAUACUGGCGAGAAAAAAAAAAGAGCCGAGGAUAAUGAAUUGUUAAAAGAUAAGUUCCGUGGUUUUUUGGAACAAUAUGAGCUUCGUGAAAAACAUUUCAAUAGUGUCGUUCGGUCUAAGGAUUUAGAAUUACAAUUGUAUGAAGCAAAAUUGCAACAACAAAAACAAUUAACCGAAAAGGAAAUUAUUAAGGUGAAUUCCUUAAAAGGUCAAGUUGAUACACUCGCCAAAAAUGAGAUUGAACUACGUAAACAGCUUAAUGUUUAUGUUGAUAAAUUUAAACAAGUAGAGGAAACAUUAAAUAAAAGCAAUGAAUUAUUUAUGACUUUUCGUAAAGAGAUGGAACAGAUGACCAAAAAGACGAAAAAACUUGAAAAAGAAAAUUCAUCAAUAAAAGGGAAAUGUGAUACGAUGAAUAAAAAUAUUUUAGAAAUGGCAGAGGAGCGGGCGCGAAACCAAAAAUCUGUCGAGGAUGCUAAUAAAAGGCAGGCAAAAUUGGAAAAUCUGUGUAGAGCACUUCAGGCUGAAAGAGCUGUUCUCAAAAAGAAAGUGGAAUCUUUAGAAUCAACACCAUCUUUAGUUCAACGGCCAAGUACACCAAUCUCUUGUACAGGAGAAGAGACUGAAGAAGGAUUAAGUGAUUUAGGUUCUCCCGACGAUUUAGGACUUUUUAUGGAAAAUAGUCAUUCUACUGUUUCUAAAGUUCAAUGUUUAUGUGAAAUUGAGACAGAUUGUUACAAGGAAUGUGAACAAAAAUCGAAUGGUUCAAGCGAACAAAAAUCAGAUGAUUCAAACGAACAAAAAUCGAAUGGUUCAAGUGAACAAAAAUCAGAUGGUUCAAAUGAAACGGAUUAG